UCUUGAUGUCUGUCUAACGAUCAGGCUAUCAGCAAGCAUAACGAGAAAGAAAUACGAGUGAAGUGAAGAAUGAUUCCUCGUUCUUUGUUUUCCCUCAAUACUACGAAGGCCCGCCAUGCAAUCUUUGCGUCUCUCCUACCCCGCCCAACAAUCAUCAUCCGAACCCCAUCAUCGUCUACAGUUCUUCUUCCUUCUUCUUCUUCGUUCUCUUCAAUCUCUUCCUGUCCGGUUCCACCCCAAGAUUCCCAUACUCUCAAUAGACUCAACCAGAAGGACUGGUUGGCGACAAACGAGGUUUUGAAAUUCAUCGAAGCCCUCGAAGACCCCAGCUCCGUGAUCACUUUCUUGGACCGCUACGCAAAGCGAAAGGACUACAAACCCAAUGAAGCUCUAUACACUUUGGUCGUCGACAAACUAGCUCAGGGGAAAAUGUUUGAUGCCAUUGAAGAUGUCAUGCACAGAAUUAAAGCCCCAAAGCAUCGUUGCCGUUUAUCAGAAGACUUCUUCUACAAUGUUAUUAGGGUUUACGGCAAUGUGGCUGGUCGUGUAAGCAAAGCGAUCGGUACCCUUUUUGAUAUGCCAAACUACAAUUGCUGGCCUGCAGUGAGAACCUUUAAUUUUGCCCUGAACUUGCUUGUUUCCGCUAAACAGUUCGAUCUCGUCCAUGAGGUGUACAUGGGUGCUCCUAAGUUGGGCGUCGAGAUUGACGCUUGUUGUCUUAACAUACUCAUUAAGGGGCUGUGCGAGUGUGGGAAAUUGGAGGACGCGUUUUACGUGCUCGAUGAAUUUCCGAAGCAAAGGUGUAAGCCGAACGUGAGGACAUUCUCAACUCUAAUGCACGCGUUGUGUGAGCGUGGGAAGAUAGAGGAAGCAUUCGGGUUACUUGAGAGGAUGGAAAAGGAGGGGAUUUUUCCAGACACGAUCACAUUCAAUAUUCUGAUUUCAGGGCUCAGGAAAGAAAGGAGAGUUGAAGAGGGGAUGGAGCUUCUGGAGAGAAUGAAGCACAAGGGUUGUUAUCCGAAUUCUGGGUCUUAUCAAGAGAUUUUGUAUGGUUUACUAGAUAGCAACAAGUUUGUCGAUGCAAAGGAGUUCAUGCAUCGGAUGAUCUCAGAGGGUUUAAAUCCAAGUUUUGAGUCUUACAAGUUAAUAAUUCGUGGGUUAUCCAAGAAAAGCCUUUUGGAGGAUGUGGAUUGGGCUUUGAAGCAGAUGGUGCUCCAAGGUUUUGUACCAAAGAUGGGGAUGUGGAAGCGGAUUCUCCGGAGCAUGUUUCCAGUGAAGAGCAGAUAUGGCAGCAUUUCUUGUGAAGAAAUUUUAGAGAAUUAGCUAACAUGAAGCUGGGAAGAUAAUCUGUGGGGAGGGGACAGAAAGGAAAGAUGUGCUCGCAGUGCUUUUCCGCGCACAGAAUGGUACUACUGAAAUACCUUACAGAUGAGAAGGAGUUGAAGAUCAGUUUGGCUGGUGAUAGUUUGUCAGAAUAUUGAAAAAGGUUGAGCAUUACCCUCUCUCUCUGUUUCUCACUCUCCUCCUCAGUUCAAAGAGGAAGGUUCCAAAUUUUUACCCUUUGACAUGUCUCUCUAAAUCCAAUUAAAAUCAUUAGACUUGCAA